AUGCCGUCAAUUGACGAGGGCGUCUUUGGGCUUCCGCUUGCGAAGCGCCAGAAAGUUGCUUCUCAACCACACAUCGCCGAAGCAGCAAAGCCAGCACAACCUGCUGGGUCAAGGAUAUUCUCACCGUUUCGCACGUUAGGAUUGGUGUCCCCAACCUCUGUCCCAUUCACCUCUGUUGCGCUGGGGAAAACUACCUUCCAAAUUACCACCUCAGUUGGGAAAAAUUUGCAGACUUACGAUCUUCGUCGCGGCCUUAAUCUCGUCUUUUUAACUCGCCCUCAAACGCCUGCUACCAUCACGGCAACAUGUGCGUGGAAGGAUCGCGUUUUCGCUGCAUGGGGUGGCUCGUUGCCUAAUGAACCUCGGGGCGUCUGGGUGUUCAAAAGAGGUAAAAAGAUAGCGGAGCUCGACGCUCCUGCGCGCUCCAACGAACCCAUUGAGGAAUUGAUGGUUUUUGGCUCGUGGAUCGUAGGAUGCGGUAGCAGGACAAUUCAAAUUUGGAAAACGACGAGCUAUGAGCAUUACACCACCUUGACCCCACCUGCGCAGCGAACGAGUUUGGCUAGCCGUGUGCUUACGGGCAACGUCUGCAGCAUGCCAACCUAUCUGAACAAGAUAUUUGUUGGCAGGUGUGACGGAGGCGUUGAUAUAUGGAAUGUCUCAACCGGAAAAUUACUGUACACCAUUCUCCCUACCUUCCCAAGCGCUGGGAUGGUGACUGCAAUUGAACCUACGCCUGCCUUGUCGCUCAUGGCCAUUGCUUAUAGUAGCGGCGCAGUGGUAAUCCAUAAUAUAAGAACUGAUCAAACAGUGCUUCAAUUGCGCUCUCCGACAUCUAGCACCCUCCCGGUGCACUCUAUCUCUUUCCGAACCGACGAUCUCGGAGCUGGAAAUGAUGGUCGGAAAGCAGGCGUGAUGGCAACUGCUGGAAACGAUAGUGGAGAUAUUACGAUGUGGGAUCUCAACAAUGGUGGACGAGUAACCGGUAUUUUACGAGAUGCUCACGAAACGUCUGGCAAAGGUCGCGCACCUGGCAUCAACAAGAUCAAGUUCCUUAGUGGUCAGCCUGUUAUAGUAUCGACCGGGACUGACAAUGCGCUCCGGACUUGGAUCAUUGAUGAAACGCCGUUUUCUCCCAUCCCGCGACCAUUACACGCGAGAGCCGGGCAUUCGGCGCCAGUCACGACCAUCGCAUUUUUGCCUCCAGGCUCUGAGGGAUCAGAGACUUCGGGGAAAUGGCUAUUAAGUGCUAGCGAAGAUCGUAGUCUUUACGGCCUAAGCUUAAGAAAAGACGCACAGAAUGCAGAACUUUCCCAAGGCAAUGUCAAGAGCAAGUCGAAGAAAGUCGCUACUGUCCAAGGUUCUGGGGAGUUUGUUGCAAGAUCUACGAGCCUCAAGACACCAGAAAUUACGUGUAUAGCUUGCUCGCUCAAUAGAGAUGGAGGGAUGGGCUCUGCUGCUGGUGGACCUAUCUGGACUAAUCCAAAGUCUGUAAGUGCGGAUAGUACGAAUAUGACUGGCUGGGAGAGUGUUGUUACCGGACACAAAGGCGAUAAAUUUGCACGUACCUGGCUCUGGGGUAAGAGAAAAGCCGGCCGCUGGGCUUUGGAGACCGGUGACAAAACUGAGGUCAAGAGUGUUGCUGUCUCAUCUUGUGGGACAUUCGCGUUGGUCGGCUCGGACGGCGGCUCGCUUGAUAUGUAUAACUUGCAAUCUGGCAUUCAUCGCCAAUCAUUUCCGGCGAAACUUUCACCAGCACAGGCACGGAGGGCUAGGUUACAAUCACAAAAAGAAGAGGAAACGGUGUUUCAACCUGGACAAGGGAAGCACAGUAAAGCCGUUACUGGCGUCAUGGUAGACAGCCUAAACACCACAAUCAUCAGCUGUGGUCUCGAUGGCAAAGUGAAGUUCUGGGACCUCCUCACCGGACGCUUGAAACACGAGCUCAACUGGUUCCCAAUGUGCGCCAUCACUGGUCUUCGCUACAGCGACUCCAGCGACCUGAUCGCUUUCAGUUGCGAUGAUCUUUCGAUUCGUGUUAUCGACAUGGAAACCAAGAAGCUUGUUCGAGAACUCUGGGGUUGUGUAGGUCAGGUGAAUGAUUUCUGCAUUUCCCACGACGGACGGUGGAUUAUUGCCGCAUCCAUGGAUUCCGUAAUCAGGAUUUGGGACCUGCCAACUGGCCAUCUCAUCGAUGCCUUUCGGCUACAGGACACCUGUACAUCGCUCGCAUUUUCUACCACUGGGGACUUCCUUGCGACGGCCCACGCAGAUAGCGUGGGCAUUAACCUUUGGAACAACCAGAGUUUGUUUAAACAUAUCGCAACUAGUCAUAUAGACGAAGACGCCGUUGCUGAGAUUGCUGCGCCUACGGCUUCCGGAGAGGGCGGUGUUGCUACGAUCGAAGCUGCAUUUAUGGAAGAUGACACCGAGAACGGGCAAAUGGGGCCAAUUAUCGCAACGGACCAACUUGAUAGUGAUAUGAUGACACUAAGUAUCACUCCUAAAAAUAGAUGGCAGACCCUUCUUCAUCUAGACUUGAUCAAACAACGAAAUAAACCGAAAGAGGCACCCAAAGUCCCAAAAAAGGCCCCUUUCUUCCUCCCUUCGACCCUACCAAAACUUAAUUCUGAAGAUCAGAUUGCGGGUGUUGAUCCCACGGAAGGUGUCGAGGAAGAAAACAUCAAGUCGACCCGUGCCGAACGCUCUCGAAUUGCAAAACUGCAGAAACUCCACGGCGACACUCUACAUUUGUCGCAAUUUACGUCCCUUCUCCACAGCGGCUUUAACUCGGGGGAUUAUACCUCGUUUAUCGAGUAUCUUAAAUCACUCGCCCCGGCCAAAGCUGAUUUAGAAAUCAGAUCUCUGGACCCCAUCAACCGCGAACACGGAAACGAACUGGCCAUGUUUGUAGCGGCAUUGACAGGCAGAUUGAAAACAAAGCGCGACUUUGAGAUGGUCAACACCUGGAUGGCGGUGUUUUUAAGGGUACAUGCCGAUGCUGUCGAAGCUACAAGGUCUCAUGAUGUUGAUGAAGACAAGAUGGACGUUGAUGUAAGCGGUGGGAAUGUGAGUUUGCAGUAUGCCAUGAGCGAGUGGAAAACGGAACAGGAACGAGAAGGGCGGAGGCUGGCUGAGUUGGUUGGAUACUGUCGAGGCAUAGUUGGAUUUCUAAGGUCGACGCGGUAG